UGAUUGAGUUUGCUAUUUAGGGUUUAUGUAGGGCUUUUCAUGGAAGAAGAGAAGGCGCCAGCACCGAAUUCGUAUCUGUGGUGCCCUCGCGUGCAUUUCGAUCCUCCGCCGCAGAGGCUCUAUCACUUGCAUCGCCAGUUCCGGCUGGAUGGCAGCGGCAACAAUUUCUUCAAGGGUGUCAAGUGGUCUCCUGAUGGCUCCUGCUUUCUGACGUGCAACGAGGACAAGACGCUCAGGAUUUUCGAUUUGCCGUCAAACGCUCUGGAAGUCGAAGCAUUGGAUGAUCUUGCUGCCAAGACGGGUAUGAUUCUAGAAUUUUCCUGGAUCAUGAAAGUUAUCGGCUUGAUUCUAGAUCCACUUGUCUCGUCAUUGACGGUGUCGGAAGGAGAGACUGUGUACGAUUUUUGCUGGUAUCCUCACAUGGUCGCCACAGAUCUGUCAACUUGUGUUUUCGCGACUACAACUCGGGAUCAUCCAGUUCAUCUGUGGGAUGCUGCUACUGGUAAUCUCCGCUGCAGCUAUAGAGCUUACAAUGCCAUGGAUGAAGUUACAGCAGCAUUGUCAGUCGCUUUUAAUCCUGCGGGUAACAGGCUCUUUUGUGGAUACAAAAGAAAGAUCAGAAUUUUCGAUACCUCAACUCCCGGUCGUCACUGCGAAGAGCACUCUACACUCACGAGUUCCAAAGAAGGCAUUACAGGAAUUGUGUCGUGCCUAGCUUUUAGCGGACACCAGACAAAUCUUCUUGCGGCUGGUUCUUACGAUCGAACCAUAGCAGUGUACAACGAAGGUAACAUGGAGCUUCUAUAUGUGCUGCAAGGACACGAAGGAGGCCUGACUCAAGUUCAGUUCUCCAAGGACGGCAACUAUCUGUACAGCGGGGCUCGAAAGGAUCCAUCGAUAUGCUGCUGGGACGUUCGGUAUACAACGAGUUUAGUGUACAAGCUUGAAAGAGCUGUUACUAACACGAACCAGAGGAUAGCGUUUGACAUUGAACCAUAUGCUCAACACCUCGGCACAGGAGGCGAGGACGGUGAUAUUCGUUUCUAUGAUCUUCGAACUGGUGAAUUCACUGCCAGCAUUCACGCAGCCUCAGAUACCAUCAAUGGGUUUUCCUUCCAUCCCACGCUUCCCCUGGCUGCUUCAACUUCUGGCGCUCGGAGGUUUAGCACUAGCGAGGACAAAGACGAUGACGAAGAGCCACCGCAGAUUCUAACAGAGCUGGAGAACUGUGCGUCGGUGUGGAGAUUCUCCUGUUCAUGGGAAGAAAUAAAGUACGAGGACGCAGUAAAGGUUGACGAAGAAACCCACGAACGAAUGAACGUUGACGAAAGCACCAUUGUAACCUAGAACGAAGCGAUUGAAGUCCAGUGACCGUUACGAAAGCUUGUGACAAGGUAACUGGAACAAUCCUUUCCCUCAAUCGAUCAAAGAUGUGUUUUGCUUUA